GAUGCAAACCGUCUCCAUGUGAUGUUGCAGAGGAGGAAAAGAUACAAGAACCGAACCAUCCUGGGCUACAAAACUCUGGCAGUGGGAGUCAUCAACAUGACUGAGGUGAUGCAGCAUCCGACUGACGGAGCCCACAUCCUUGGUCUCCAUAGCAACGUGAAGAAUGCCUCUGUGCGUGCAGCGGAGUUGAGUGUCCUCUCUCUCUCUAGCCAGCCAAUCGAACAGGAGGACACAAGUGGUCACCAUGGCAACAAGACCAAGGCCUCAGGUAGGAGACAGUGAACCUGACCUUCUCAUUAUACACUGGCUCCUGAUUGGUCCUCCUCCUCUUCAUCGCCUCAGAUCAUAAAGAGAAAAACAGAAGCUGAAAAAUGAAUGAAACAAAC